AUGGUGCGCCGGCGGUUGGGUGAUGCUGGUCCGGGCGGACGAGGUGCGGGACGUUCCGGUGGGGGCUAUGACGAGGCCCAGGCCCAACCUGGAGCGGUCCCGCGAGGAGAGCGAAAGCCGACCAAUCCUCUCACUGCCGGACAAGUGCACGUGGCGUUCAAAUGUCACAAUGGCAAACACAUCAAAGUCGAAUCAAACGAAGAGCUGCGUGCUUCGAGCUCGGUCAUCAAAGAGCCAGAGAAAUUCGAGGUGGAGCGCUAUGACAGUGAGUCAAUCUACUUGAAGUCCCAUACUGGAAAGUAUUUGACGGUGGACAAAAACGGCGACGUGCACGCAUCAGGAGCAUCUGGCUCCGAUGGAUCUGUCUUCCAAGUUUUGCUCCAGAAGGAGAAUGGGCUCGUGGCCUUGCGCAGCCACUGUGGGUUCGUUGCGGCCGAAGCAAAUGGCCGGAUCCGUGCAAACCGAUCCCUGAUAGGAAGCUGGGAGCUGUUCCAGGUCAAGGACCGCUCUAGAAGGAACCGCUCAGAGCAUCCAGGUCACGAGCUUCCGGAGCCGGAUGAACAAGAUGAUGCUCCUGCCUUUUUCGAUGCUUUCUGCCAAGUUGAAGGCAUUCUGACUGCGGAAGAGCGUUACGCGAAGACCCACCAUGAUCGCACGGCAGUGCUCUUCGACAAGAGGGCGCGGUCCCGUCGGCGAGAUCGCGUGGAGUGGAGCUUCAAGCACUUCUACGUGGAAAAGGAGUAUCCUCCCUGCUUUCGCGGCUGUCUUUCGGCAUGGGACAUCACCCGCGUAGAGAUCGACACAGAUGGUGAAACUGAUACCAAGGCCGAGGAUAGCGAGGACGCUGUGCGAACCAGGACACGCUCGGGGUCGGAUGGCUCGGAGGUUGUAAGCUUCGACGGCCUCGAGGCGGGCAGAUGUCACUGGAAGAAGAUUCUCCACGAGGAUCUCACAGAUGCUGUGCGCAUCAUCGCAGCAUUCGGCGUGCCAGCCGUUUCGGCUGCGGACGCAGACGAGGCAGCCUGGCAGCGUCUGCUGGCAGCGUGCUCUUCGGGGCUUUGCAAGGCUAUCGGACCGAUCGGAGUCGACUGCAGCCCUUUGCCACCAACCCUCGACGCAGUGUUUGCCGAGCGUUUUGCAGGUCUCAGUGCUGGUUCGAUUCGGCUCAAGUUUGGCGCCCUGCCUGGCGAGGCCUACGAUGUCGACAAGGAUCCUGUUUUCCUGGCCUGGAAGCGAGCGGCAGGUCCUAGUGCCCGCGGAGAGGACUGGGUACUUCAGCAUGCUGACUCGCGUUUGGCAGAGUUUGAGGCUGCCAGGUCAGACUACGAGCGCCGUCGAUUGAGCGAACAGGUUUCCACGGCAAAGAAGCAACUUGAGAUGGCAAGGGAGUAUGGCCUGCCGCUAAUCUUGCAGCUGCCUGCACAAGAUGAUGCAGAAAGGUGCAUGGCUGAGCUUUUGGUGACGGUCUUCGGCGAGGCCUCGCAGCAUCCGAUUCUGCUCUCCGGUUUCAACGGACGGCCGAAGUGUGCGGCCGCUUUCCUACGCUCCUUUCCAGGAAUGAUGGUGGGCUUCAACGGCCUUCUGACACACAGCAAGCACAAGCAAUCUUUGGGAGAGGUGGCGUUUGAUGUCCCGCUCGAUCGCUUCGUUUUGGAAAGCUUGGGACCGCAAUAUCCACCGGCAGACUCCGCGGGCGGGAGCUCGCGUGGCAGCUACUCACACCCAGCCCAUGUGCUCGUGGUAGCCGAGGAGCUUGCUCGAGUCAAGCAACGGCUGCCCCGCGACAUCCUCCGAGCGGCUUUCUCAAACACCUCCAAACUCUUCAAUUUGUCCAUUUGA